UGCUCCUGCUCUACGCCUGCUGCCUGGGAGUUUCGAGCCGCACAACAACCUCGAGCCUUCAGCCUCACAGCGUCCACAGAGUCCCUGUCCUCUCUGACGGUCCUGUCGUCCUCUAAACUAACCAACUACAGCCACUCAACUACCGAGAAAAACCGCAGACAUGAAGGAGCGGACGAGUGUUUUCCUUUGGCUGCAACUUUUCACAGCUUGCCUGGUGUUUGUGGUGAACGGUGAGUAUUGUAAGGAGAAUGUUUGCAAUAAUGGUGGAACCUGUGUGACUGGGGCAGGGACUCCAUUCAUCUGUAUCUGCCCUGAUGGCUUCUCUGGAGAAACCUGCAAUGAGACAGAGACUGGGCCUUGUAACCCAAACCCGUGCAAGAAUGAUGCCACCUGCGAGUUGACCGGUCAUUCCCGUCGAGGCGAUGUCUUCAACGAGUACGUCUGCAAGUGCCAGCCAGGCUUCGAUGGAGUCCACUGCCAAAACAGUGUCCGAGGGGCUGAUUUAAGUUCACCAAAAGAUGUGAAUGACUGCGCUGGCCAGCCAUGCGAGAAUGGAGGCACCUGCAGAGACCUGGAUGGAGACUUCAAAUGUCACUGUCCCUCCCCUUAUGUGGGCAAACAUUGCCAACUGCGCUGUAUUUCUCUGCUCGGCCUGGAGGGAGGCGGCAUCGCUGAGUCCCAGAUUACAGCCUCAUCAGUCCGUUACAGCAUGCUGGGCUUGCAGCGCUGGGGACCUGAGCUCGUCCGCCUUCACAACAAGGGACUGGUUAAUGCCUGGAGCGCUGCUGCACACGACAAGAACCCAUGGAUAGAGAUCAACAUGCAAAGGAAGAUGCGCUUCACAGGUAUCGUGACGCAGGGUGCCAGUCGCAUAGGAACAGCCGAGUUCAUCAAGGCCUUCAAGGUGGCCUCCAGCCUGGAUGGCAAGACAUACACCAUGUACAGAACUGAGGGAGAGAGGAAGGACCGUGUAUUUGUUGGAAACGUGGACAACGAUGGCACCAAGACCAACCUGUUUGACCCCCCGAUCAUCGCCCAGUACAUCCGCAUCAUCCCUGUGGUGUGUCGCAAGGCCUGCACCCUGCGCAUGGAGCUGGUGGGCUGUGAGCUCAACGUGUGUUCAAACACUUCAGGUUGUUCAGAGCCAAUGGGUUUGAAGUCCAGGUUGGUAUCUAACAACCAGAUCACGGCCUCCAGCACCUUCCGCACCUGGGGCAUUGAGGCCUUCACCUGGCACCCCCACUAUGCCCGACUGGACAAACAGGGCAAGACCAACGCCUGGACUGCCGCCACCAACAACCGAUCUGAGUGGUUGCAGGUGGACCUGCACUCUCCUAAAAAGAUCACAGGAAUCAUUACACAGGGGGCCAAAGACUUUGGCAACAUCCAGUUUGUCACAGCCUUCAAAGUGGCUCACAGUGAUGACGGAAAGUCCUGGACAAUCGUGAAGGACGAGACCACAAAGACAGACAAGAUCUUUCCAGGCAACAGCGACAACAACGUUCACAAAAACAACAUCUUUGAUCCCCCGUUCUACGGCCGCUACGUUCGCAUCCUGCCGUGGGAGUGGCACGAUCGCAUCACCCUGCGAAUCGAGCUUCUUGGCUGUGACGAGUAGCACCACCCUGGACCUGCCUACCCCACUCCUCCUCAUCUUCCUCCUUUCUCUACCUCCUCCACCCCCCCUUUCCCCCCUCCCUUUACCCUCCUGCCCUUGUCCCUCCUGAGCCACACCUGUACUGCCUUGCUCUCAGCCCUAGGGGGCAGCAAACACCAGAGUAGCACACCACCACCCCAACCCUGGCUGGUUGGAGGUGGGAUAUGUUACCCUUAACCACUGUUACCAGGGUCCUGAUUGAGUUCAGCUCCCAGUGUCCCCUCUUUGUUCGUUUCCUGAAGUGAUCACUCGUCUUUUCCACCUGAACCAAAUCUGUGAUAAUUUCAGGAAAUAAAUCCAUAUCUCCUUUGUUACUGAUCAGGGAUGGAGUCAGAUUUUUAUCCCACCUACCGGCUAAAUCAAAGGUGGUAACCGUGGCAUCCCUGUGUCAGAGGUCAGGGGUAACGGGACUGCUGCUGUAUCAGUUGGUGCUGCCUAGACUCUGAUCCUAGAUCAGUUCUACCUGGAACAUUGAACCUCCAUGACCCACGGCUGGUGAUGUACAUAAGCUCCACUUAAUGGCUUGCACACGUCCUAUAACCGAACAGUUCACACAGACACACAGAAUAUGUAUUCUCUUCAGAUGUAUUGACACUUUUUUUUUUUUACCACAAGGUGAAUCUGAGCAUAAGAAAAUCUGAUUCAUAUAUUGGAAAGUAAGCUUUGACUUUAAAUGUGGAUUUAAAAAAAACAUGCUUGUUGCUCUUUAAUGGGAAAACACCAGAGUUCAAAAGCAAAUUUGCCAUUUUUUUUUCUCGUCUUUGUUGAACAAAAAUAAGAGAGUCAAAUUGUCACAGGUGUGUUCUUCAGUAUUCCUGGUAUUUCUCUGCAGUGGUUUGUCCUCAGUUCAUGUUUCCUACAGUACAUUUGUUUAAGCUGGUUAACACCCAAGGUGUAAACACACUAUUUACUCUAGUAAAAUAUGUACGUGUAGCAGCCAAUAACAGACGAACCAACUUCCAACCAUUCACGCAAAUCCUCAUUUUUACUGAACGUGUGUACGAGCUUCUUCUAUUUCUGUUUGAGGCCGCAGCCUUGUUUGGAAGCUUCAGACCAAAACAGUGUGAAGUCAUUAACUCAACUUGUGCCAACACCCCAUGUUUUUUUCUUUUUUUCUUUCUGUGAGUUUAUUUUAAAAAAAAUAUUGCAUAUGGUGCACUGAAGCAACAGAUGUUAUCUUCAAAGCCAGAAGAGACACCCUCAUUGACAGACAGGAUGUUCUAAACAAAAGAGUUCCAGAUCAUUGUUGAGUGAAAGAGAGGAGACACUUUAUUGCUGUUGAGGAAAUGAAUAAUAGUCGUUACAUGUUUGGCCAAAGAAACGGGACAUCGCAUACAAGAAUCAUUCAUUCAGAAAAAGAUUAGUUUGAUCCAGAUCCAGAAUUCAUGUUAUUGGCUGCUAUAAUUCAUGUUCAGUUUAAAAAAAUGGUUCGUUUAGUUAAUUAGUCUUGACUUUAAGAGGCCAUUUGAAGUGUAAUGAUUCUGAAAAGAAGCGUGUGUGGAGAUUUUUCUUGUCUUGAUUCUCAGACACACUUCAGAUCUUUUUUUUUUAUUAUUUCUGAAGGAAUGACGAUUAAAUCAAUAGAAAUUCAAUAAUUGUGAUUAGCGAUAGUGUACAGGCUGCAAGUUUAAAAUUUCUGAUGGAUGUUAUCUCAGGUCAAAGCAGAUCUGCUCCUAAUGUACAGUAAAUGCUACUUCACUUACUAACACACACACACACACACACACACACUCGGCUGUGCUUCUAGUUGUGUUGACACAGUUUAACUGUUUUUUAUGGCACUUUGAUGUUUGUGUUUUGACAUUUGAAAUAUCCAAAAACCAAAAAGAAAAAAAAACAGUAUUAUGCGUUGAAGAACAAACAGUAAACAUAAUUCAUUAUUACAUGUAGGAGUACAAAAAGAAAAAAAAAAGAGCGUGAGAAAAUCUACUCACAGUUCAGUUUCUUUGUUAGAUUAAACUGAGUUUUGAAAGUCUGGGGAAAUCCCUUUUGGAUGUUUAGUGGUAACACACAUAUAUACAGUACUGUUGUACUGAUCUGUCUAUGUUAGUAGAUUAAUGCUUGCUGCAGACGGUCUAUCUAAGGGUCCAACAUUACGCCUCCAGUUGAAAGCUGAGGCCUCGCUGAUAAGACUGUAAGAGAGAAACCAAAUUAAAACUGAUUUUUACGGUUCCACCGGGUGCGCGACACGACCCCGCCAUAUCAUCUGCUUCUGCUGCCCCCGUCACAGUAUUCUAAACCUUCUCCACCCCAUGAAUUAUGAAUUAUGGGCUUGUGCAAUAUUAUACUGUGUUAGUUUGAAAACAAUGAAUAUUAAUUCAAGAUGCUUAAAAAAUGCAUGAGGGGAUAGCAGUGCCACUGAGAGGAUAGACGUUGGUGUCAAACACUGUACAAUAUUUAUUAUUGUCGCAGACGAUUCCAUAAGCAGUCACCCUUGUUAUCCACGUCUGCAUGCAUUUUAUUGACGAGUGUUACUCAGUUCAACCGAUUUGAAUUUAUUGGUGAUAUUUUUUUUUUCUAGGUGAUUAUCAACAAUAUUCUAGUUCAGAUCUUGUUUCCCCGAUGUUCAGGUUUUCUAUGAUUGAUAAAAAAAUGUAUUGCCAUUGAUGUUUUGGUAAUAUGAGUCAAUUUCUUGACUGUUGACCUCAUAGAAUUGAUACUGGAUUUGAAGUUGUUUGUUUGUUUUUUUGUUUUUUAUUCCAGUAAUGUGUUUCUAAGAGGAUUCCUUUAUGUCUGGCCUUUGUAUCUUAAAAUGAAGAAUAAAUAAAGAGUUAAAAAUCAGA